GAGAGCGCGCUUUCCAUCGCCGGUUAGGUCUAAAUCUGAGCUUUCCAAGCCGGUGAUAACCACUCCUUGUGGGCUUAAGUUUGUUGGAGCAUGCCUGGUGCCAGUGCUGCGGUCAUGUUGACUUUGCCCUGUCGGUCCAAUCACGGGUUGUAAAUGCAACAGCAGUGAGAGACCCCGCACCGUCGCAGCAACGCGACAACCAUCCUGGAAGGAACCAACCCGACAGCUCCAAACUGCCCGAAAGUCAACAAAACGACACAAAACCUCGAGGCCGUCAGUUAGCCAACCCUCCCAACCACGACACCGGCCGCCCAAAACACGAGCGCUCCCAAUCCUAGGCUCACCUUGUCAGUUGCCUACGAUCAACGAGCCGUCUCCCAGCAAACCCACCGACAAUGUCAACACCAAACCCCGCACCGACCUACAGCGACUGCGUCUCGUCCCUGCGCACCUCGCUCUCCUUUCUCGAAUCCUCCGUCACAACCCUCGGCACAGGCGUGCAAGACUUUCCACGCCUGACCUCCGUCCUCAAGACCGUCCGCCACUACGAACUCAUCCCCCAACCAACCCUCGCCGCCGCCGAGUCCUCCCUGCGCGACGAGAUCGGCCCCUUCGUCGCCCUGCUGCUCGACCGCGCCGACAAGCACCUGGAGCGCCAGGCCCGCCGCAUCGAGACCCUCAAGGCCCGCGCCGACCUCAACGCGGGGCGCCUGUCGCGGUACCCUAACGAACAACGACAACAGCAGCAGCUGGGGUUCGGGGCUGGGGUGAAGGGGGCGACGGCGCGGGGGAAGGCGCCUGCGGGUGGGAGCGGGAGUGGGAGUGGGAGUGGGAAGGGUAGGACGUUGGAUGGCGGGGCUGCGCUGCGCGCGAAGGUGGUGAGGCAGAGGAAGGAGGCGCUGCAGUAUAGUGUGGAGAGGCUCGAGUUGGAGGUGUUGCAGAAGGAGAGGGAGUUGAGGGUGAGGUUGGAGCAGGCGUGAGGGGUCGUUGGGGUGUUUGACGGGAUGUGAUGUGAUGUGAUGGGCGGGUCGAUCGAUCG